AUGUGCAGGCCCCGCCCGGCGCCAGAGUCCGGGCUCGGGUCACGGCAGCAUGCCCGGGCCGCUGCGGGCCGCAAAAACCGUUCCGCUCGGAGGGGAGAAGAGCCGCAGGCCGAAGCUAGGCCUCGCAGGGGGCAGCGGCCGCCUCCUCGCGUUCGGCCUCGUCCACUCGGCCCGCGGAGAGCGCGGGGGGCGCUGGGAGCUGCAGCCACGCAUGCGCCGCCUGCCACCAAGCGCCGCGGGGCCCGCGCGAGGCGUCCUCGCGGGCGAGGGGCUGGGGGAGGGGGCCCGUGUGGAGGGCUCUCGCGAGAGCGCGCUGCGCGGCGACUGGGCGCCGAGGGCCCUCCCGGAGCGGAGGGACACAGAGGGACUCUAGGGCACCUGCCAUCGCGAACAGUAUGGGAGCGGGAGGCGAGUGCCGCUUCAGGCGGAGAAUCCAGGCGGUGGCGGGACCUCCCUGAGGCGGAGUUGCCGCCCCCGAGGCCUGGCUGCCGGGGAAGAAGAGCACGGGAGCGCGGACUCGUGUUGCUGGCGGAGGGACACGGAGUUGCGGCGGAGGGAUUUGGGCCGUGUUCCUCGACCAGGGCAGCGGUCGGGGCUGGAGUGGGUCACCAGACUCCGUGGGACUUUCUUGCUCUGGCGGAGGCGCACGUGUGGCCAUUCCCUUUGCCUGCGGAGGGAUCUGUGCGUGGCUCCAGGUCUUUCCUGGCGCUGUCCCAGCUCAGUGCUUUCUUGUUGCCCCUGGCGUUGGGGAGGUGGAUGUGGUCGAGCUUGAGGAGAAGGGGGCAGAGGGGUCUCGGAGCCAGCGUUACGCCACCCAGGCCCGAGCUUGCUCCCUCAUGGUGCUGCCCCUGUCCCCGAUUUCAUAGACCGGCUUUCCCUCUCGAGCACCUACUAUAUGCCAGGCUGCGCUUUGCGCGCUUGGCAGAGGCAACAGUGUCACCAGGGGGUGCUGGUUUCUCCCCAAGGGGCUUUUGUCUGUCCCUUGUUGCAGAGCUAGCGCAUGAGACCAAGUGUGAGUGUCAGGCCGUUCAGCCUUCAGUGGCCAUGGAAUUGGAGAAGUGGAAGCGUAGCUCGCAAGUCAAGCUCUCAGCUCUUGAAAACUGAGAAGUUACAGGUAAUAGGGAGUGUUGACGAAAAGUAAAACUGAAAUAUUUGAAGAGAUUUAUUCUGGACUAAAUACGAGUCACCGUGGCCCGUGACACAGCCCUCAGGAGGGCUUGAGAACAUGUGUCAAAGGUGGUCGGGGUGCAGCUUGUUUUUGUACGUUUUAGGGAGGCAUGAGACAUCAAUCAAAUACAUUAAAGAAAUACAUGGGUUUGGUCCAGGAAGGCAGGACAACUCAAAGGGGUGGGGGUCGGGGUGGGGGCUUCCAGGCUAUAGGUAAAUUUAAACAUUUUGUACUUGACAAUUGGUUGAGUUUGUCUAAAGACCUGGGAUUGGUAGAAAGGAAAUGUACAGGUUAAGAUAAAAGUGGAGACCAAAGUUCUUUUGAAGUCUUAUGGUGGCUGCCUUUAGAGAUAAUAGAUGACAAAUGUUUCCUAUUCAGAUCUUCAAAAGGUGUUAGACUUUUAGUUAAUCUGUUUAGGAUUGGGAAGGCCUGGAAAAAAAAGAUCUAGCUAUGUUAAUAGAUGUUCUUUACAGAGGCACAUUUUCCCCCACAAAGGAUAGGUAUUGGGGGAAAAUGCUGUCCUUUAUGGAAGAAAUUGCAAAAUAGGGCAAAGAAACAUGUUUUGGGGUAAAAUAUUUUGACUUUCUUCUUUGUCACAUAAUGUUAUGCCAGAGUCAGAUUGGAAAGUAAGUCAUCAUAUAUAGGGUUAAAUAAAGCCCAUCUGAUGAAUAUUUAUGGUUUGUAGGGCAUGACUCCCCAGAUCCCUUAGAUAGGAAUUUGGGCAGGAUUUAGAAAAUCAGAGUUUAGGCUGGGCGUGGUGGCUCACUCCUGUAAUCCCAGCAUUUUGGGAGGCCAAGGCAGGUGGAUCACUUGAGGUGAGAAGUUCAAGACCAGCCUGGCCAACAUGGUGAAACCCCGUCUCUACUAAAAAUACAAAAAUUAACUGGGCAUGAUGGUACACACCUGUGAUUCCAGCUGCUCGGGAGGCUGAGGUGUGAGAAUUGCCUGAACCCGGGAGGCAGAGGUUGCAGUGAGCCGAGAUAGUGCCACCACACUCCAGCUUGGGUGACAAA